GCAGUGCUAUAUGAUUAUGAAUCGCAUUAUAAAUAAAAGUUUAUAAAAUAAAUACCAUUCAAUAGUUAUAAUCGGUAUAACUUUGGUGCCACGCCUCAAAAAUUCUAAUAUGAAUAAGAUGAUUCAUAGAUGGUUAUUCUCAAUUAUAUUUGGUCUAAUUGCACAAGUUUUAUGUCAACUUGACAAUAAAUUAUAUGACCAAAAUUAUAAACCGCAAGACAAUCCAUAUGACCAAAAUAACUUCUUAGGUGGUGAUAAGUAUACAAACUUUCGAAAUUCAAAUAUAAAUAGCAAUUACAAUUUAAAUGAUUAUGGCAACGAUUACCGAUAUAAUCAGAAUUCAGACCAAUUUAAUCAAUUCAAUAUUGAUUAUCGAGGUCCUGGAACCUUGAACAUUGAUGAUUACAUUGAAAAAUCUGAUAAUGAUCAAAAUUCCAAUGGUAACUGCCCCAAGUUUUGGAUUUCAUACAACCCAGACUCCAAUUCGGAUUUCAAUAGAGGUGGAAGCUAUAAUGAUAUAUGUUUCAGAUUUUUUAUUAGUCUUAAAACUAGAAAUGAAGCAUUCAAAGUAUGCCAGACGUACAAUGUUGAUUUAGCAAAUAUUGAUACAGUCAAGAAGCAUGCAUUCAUAAUCAAGCAUCUUAUAAAAGAUGAAAAUCAUGAUAAUCGGUACUUAAUAAGUGCAAAACUUAUUAAUAAUCAAUGGAUCAAUAAUGACAAUACAAAUUUAGUUAACGAAAAUAUAUAUCCUCAAGAUAUUAAUGAGCCAUAUGGAGAAUAUUUGACUUACAGCUUUUCACCAGUACAGAAUCGAUGGGGAUUUAAGCCCACGCCUCACAAUGAACCUCAUUUGUUCAUCUGUGAGGGUCACUCAAGUAAACUGCAGCAUUAUAUAUAUGCUACUCGAGAAUUAGACUUUGGAAUUGAUAUUCCUGAUAAAAAAAUGAUUCCUAUGGGUCCAGUUUUUGUAAGACAACCCGAAGAUACUAUAUUUGAUAUAACUAAAAAAAAUAUAUCGGGUGGUGUAACUUUGAGCUGUUUAGCAGUUGGUUAUCCCACUCCAACCUACGAAUGGUUUAAGCAGGAAUUUGUUAAUGAUAAUUUAACAUCAUAUAAAAUUGAACCUCUCUUAAAUAACAAGUACACAGUCAGUGGUGGGAAUUUAAUUAUACAUGAACCAAAAAAAUUAACCGACAGAGGAAACUAUCAUUGCAAGGCCUCAAAUAAAUUUGGGUCCAUAUUAUCGAACACUGUUGAAUUAUCAUUUGGUUAUAUUUUGGAGUUUAAUUUGAAAAGACAAGGUGAACGAGGCGAUGCAAAUUUUGGCAAAGCAUUAUAUUGUGAUCCUCCACAGCAUUAUCCAGGUGUCAAAUAUUAUUGGGCAAGAGAUUAUUUCCCAAAUUUUGUAGAAGAAGAUCGUCGUGUAUUUGUAAGCGAUGAUGGAGCAUUAUAUUUUUCAGCUCUUGAAACAAUUGAUAGAGGAAAAUAUAGUUGUACAGUUCAAAGUAAAGUUUCAGAUACAGGAAGGAAUGGACCAUUUUUUGAUCUCCAAGUUCUCCCUCAUUCUAAUUAUCAAAUACUGCUAUUUCCAAAUACGUUCCCUAAGUCGUUUCCUGAAGCUCCUAUUGCUGGACAGCAAGUUAGAUUAGAAUGCAUGGCUUAUGGAUACCCGGUUCCGACUUAUAACUGGACAAGACUAAAUGGUGAUUUACCUAAAAAUGCUUAUUUCCAAAGUUAUAACAGAGUGUUGAUAAUUCCUAACAUCACAAUACAAGACAAAGGUACAUAUGAAUGUACAGUUAAAAAUGAUAGAGCAAAACUGUCUAAAAAGUUAGAUCUGGUGGUGCAGAGUUACCCUGUAUUCAACAUACCGUUGGAAAACAUGAUCAUGGAUAUUAAGAGUGAAUUGAAUUGGUUAUGUGAAGUAAUUGCUUACCCAAAUGCCAACUAUACUUGGUAUAAAAAUGGACAACUACUAGAUAUGGAUACUCUACAUGAAUUGGACAGGGACAGAUAUCAUAUUCAGGAUAACAUAUUGAAUAUAAAAUACUUGGAUCCAACAAGAGAUAAUGGAAUGUAUCAGUGCAAAGCAACAAAUCAGUUAAAAGCAGUAUAUUCCAGUGCACAACUUAAAGUUAUAACUCUUAAGCCUACGUUUAAGAAACAUCCAAUGGAAAGUGAAACUUAUGCCACAGAGAAUGGAAAUACUACUAUAAAAUGCAAUCCUGAAGCAGCACCCAGACCUAAGAUUAUCUGGAAGAAAGAUAACAUCGUAAUAGGUAGUGGUAAUAGAAGAGUAAUAUUGCCUAAUGGAAACUUAGUAAUUAGUCCGACCCAUAGGGAUGAUGAAGGAUUAUACACUUGUGUAGCACAAAAUCCUUAUGGUUCUGCUGAAAGCAGAGGAAGACUCAUUGUAUUGCGUGAACCUCAAUUUACUCUGAGAUUGCCUCAACAGUUGAGAACUCAAGUAAACAUGAACAUAAGUUUAUUGUGUGAAGUUUACUAUGAUGAUUUGCUCGACAUUGCUUUUAUUUGGACACACAACGGAAUACCAAUGCAAGAUUUUAUGUACAACGAACGCAUAAUCAUUGAUGGUGGCAAUUUGACUCUGAUCAAUUUAACACUUCCUGAUAGUGGACAAUAUGAAUGCAUAGCCAAAUCUGCAGUUGGGCAAAUAUCAUCUAAAACUGUGCUAUAUAUUGAUGGCCCUCCAGGACCUCCUGGUGGAAUUAAAGUAGUGAAUAUAUUAAAGUCAUCUGCUUUACUUCAGUGGACAGAAGGAAACAGUAAUGGUCCCCCAAUUCAGUAUUACAAUGUGUAUGGAAGAACUAAUUGGAAUGAAACAUGGCAAUUGAUAGCUGAAUAUAUCAAAGGAAAUGAGAUUGGUCGGUAUAAUGGUAGGAAAGAAGCAUCAGUAAAUGGCUUGACACCUUGGUCUGUGUACGAGUUUAAAGUGGUUGCCAUCAAUAGUCUUGGUCCAGGAACUGACAGUAAACCUAGUCCUUUGUAUAGCACAGACAGUGACAAACCUUAUAUUGCACCAAGAAAUAUUGGUGGAGGCGGUGGAAAAAUUGGAGAUUUAACUAUCACGUGGGAUGCUUUGAAACCUCAAGAGCAAAAUGGUAAAGGUAUUCAUUAUAAAGUAUUUUGGAAAAGACAUGAAGGUGAAUCAGAAUUUCAAACAGAAGUACUGAAAAAGGCUGGCAAUAUUAAUUCAGCGGUAGUUAAUGUUCCAUCUAUGUAUUAUUAUACAAAAUAUGAUGUCAAAGUUCAGGCAAUCAACAACAUUGGAUUUGGGCCUGAGAGUGACGUUCAUACAAUAUAUUCUGCAGAAGAUAUGCCUCAAGUCGCUCCUCAACUGGUUGUUGCCAGAAGUUACAAUUCCACUGCUUUGAAUGUUACCUGGAAUCCUAUUAAUUUGUCCAGAGAGACAAUAAGAGGCAAAUUGAUUGGCCAUCGUCUCAAAUAUUGGAAAAAAGACAACAGAGAAGAAGACAGUGUUUAUUAUUUGAGCAGAUCUACACUAAAUCAUGCUUUAAUCGUUGGUCUAUCUCCAGAUACAUAUUAUUUUGUGAAGGUGAUAGCCUAUAAUUCUGCCGGGGAAGGUCCUGAGAGUGAAAGAUAUUUGGAACGCACAUUCAGAAAAGCUCCUCAGAAUCCACCUUCAAGUGUGCAUGUUUAUGGAGUCAAUCCAUCAACAGUUCGGGUUGUUUGGCGUUAUGUUGCUCCCAGUCAGGAGGAAGAGCCUCUUAUUGGAUAUAAGAUUCGAGUAUGGGAAACUGAUCAAGAUAUGUCCACAGCAAAUGAUACUGUUAUUUAUAUCGGUGAUAAACUGGAAUCAUAUGUGGAAGGAUUAACUCCGGGCAAGGCUUAUAAAAUGAGAGUCUUAGCUUUCAGUAAUGGUGGUGAUGGCAGAAUGUCCAGCCCUACUUUGAAUUUUCAAAUGGGUGAUGCUGCAGCAUUUAGAAGUUCAGCCAAUGGUUUUGAGUACUCAAACAUAAUCAUUCUGUUUAGUGCAAUUCUUAUUUCAGUCAGCAGAUUAUAUUUCAGCAGGUCAUAAUUUUUUGUUAUAUUAACUAACUCAUGUUAUUAGGUUUUUACAAUUUCUAAUAGUUUUGAAUUAUGUGGCGAUAAUAUCAAUUUGAUCAGCUUCAACAUUUUCAAAGAUAGCAAAGUCAAUUUC